AUGACUAAGACGCCGGGCCCUGUUCCCCCAGAUCGAGUAGAUCCGAAGUGGGCGUUAUCAACAGCUGGCCAGAAGCUCUCUCCACACUCCCCUGGACCGAUUGUUUUUGGGCACAAUACAGGAUUGGCAAGGAAGCUCAAUGCUUUUAUCAUGAUACUUUCUCAGGGAGCGCUCGUCAUUGCGAGCAUAGCGGCAUGCUCUACUACUGUGGCUGCUGCAAGUGACGGUUCGGCGAGACCUCGAGGUGUCGGCCCAGAAUUUGCCAAGUUCUACAAGGACACUACGACAUUCACUUGCAUCUCCAACCCAGCGAUCAAGAUCCCGUUUUCUGCCGUGAACGAUGACUACUGUGACUGCCCGGACGGUAGCGAUGAGCCUGGAACAUCGGCUUGUUCUUAUCUCUCCCGCAAUUUCCCAUUGACUGUCGCAGAUCGGCCGGGGAACAGCGACCUUGAACUCACAUUGGCCCUUCCCGGUUUCUACUGCAAGAACAAAGGCCACAAGCCGUCAUAUAUCCCAUUCCAGCGCGUGAAUGAUGGUAUCUGCGAUUACGAGUUGUGCUGUGAUGGAAGUGACGAGUGGGCCCGUGUAGGCGGUACAAAAUGCGAAGACAAGUGCAAAGAGAUUGGCAAGGAAUGGCGCAAGAAGGAGGAGAAGAGGCAGAAGUCCAUGACUGCUGCCCUGAAGAAAAAGAGGGAUCUGCUCGUCGACUCCGGUAGACAGGAAAAGGAGAUCGAGGACCACAUCAAGAGACUAGAAGCUGAGAUCCAGGCACAGGAAAUCAAGGUCAAGAAUAUGGAGGUCGAUCUGGAGGAGCUGCAGAAGCGAGAACAGAGCAAAGUUGUUCGAGGCAAGAAGACGGGCAAGGUGAAUAUCCUUGCUUCCUUGGCCAAAGGCAGGGUUGAAGAACUCCGGGACGCACUGGUGGAAGUUCGCCGGGAGCGGGAUGAAGCCCGGUCACGCUUGAAGGAGGUUGAGGAUAUCCUGUCCACGUUCAAGGUUGAAUACAACCCCAACUUCAACGAUGAAGGAGUCAAGCGGGCGGUACGCAGCUGGGAGGAAUAUGCUGCUCGCGAAGAUGUUGGCAACCUCGGGAAUAGCGCGCGUGAUCGCGACCUGGAUGAGAUUGCCAAAGCUGAUAGUGACGAAAGUGGUGUUAACUGGGAGCAGUGGGAAGCCGAGGAGGACUCAAGCGAUACCGAUGCGGUUUACAAGCUGGCGGCGUUUCUACCUCCUUCCUUCGUGUCUUUGAUUGAAGACAAAUUGAUCUCUAUCAGAGGCUUCCUUGAGGACAAUGGCAUCCUACCCAAGAAAGACGAAGUCACAACUACCGAGUCCAAGGCAGUGAGCGAAGCGCGUGACGCCCUUGAAGCAGCCAAGACAGAACUUGCCCAGUCAUACACCGAGCUGAAGAACCACCAGGCUGAUCUCGAAACCGACUAUGGCAAAGCCGGCGUGUUCCGGGCUCUCAAAGGCGUGUGCAUCUCCAAGGAUUCCGGAGAAUACACGUAUGAGCAUUGCUUCUGGGACCAAACGAAGCAAAUUCCCAAAAAAGGGGGUGCUUCCGUCCGGAUGGGUCAAUUCGUUCGCAUUGGAAGUGUCACCGUCGACGAGCUCAACGAGGCCGGUGAGAUGGUGCCAGAGGAGCGGGUGUCUCUCGUGUAUGCGAAUGGACAGACCUGCUGGAACGGGCCGGCUCGAUCUACCACGGUCAUUCUGGAGUGUGGUGAGGAGAAUGAAAUCCUCAAGGUGAUGGAGGACGAGAAAUGCGUCUAUUCCAUGGUCGCUACUACUCCGGCGGUAUGCCCGGGAGGUGAGGAGGAAGGGGAUGUGGCACCAAGACGCAAGGAUGAGCUGUAG